AUGUCAUUCAGGGAAGCAGAUAGCGCUCGGACUGAGAAUCUGAGUCUAUAUACAUCGCUAACAGCAAGCAGAGGCAAAGAUUUCGAACUUGGUGAAGAUGAUCUACCAGAAAGCAAUGCAAGCGAGACCGAUAUCCCUGCACUUUCGUCGAGUUUUGUCACUUUCCAGUUGCCUCCGUUGCACGAAGCAGCUGAGCGUGGUGAUCCACAGGCCGUUGCAAGGCUUCUUUUAGACAAAAGCGUUGAUGUAAACAAGAAAGCUGGCGGUCAUCGAGCCAUGAGAACUGCGCUUCACAGAGCAGCCGGUUAUGGACACCUUGCUGUUGUGAAAUUACUUCUUAAGGUGAGCUUUAGCUUUGUGAGCUAGCCCACCUUUUUUAUAGUCAAACUGAUAAAUGAUUUCAGGGGCUGUUUACAUGGAAGAAGGAAGAUCCUAGAAGGCGAGCGCAAUAUGUUUUCUGUAUGCAGUUUACAUGCAAAGGGUUGUACUUGUCCCUGGCACUAGGAUCCCUUCCUAGUACUUAGCCUGCGAGCAAGCUCUACAGAGCACUCCGGCGGCGGGGCAGGAAAAGGAAGGAGAGCUUGCAAGUACAUCUCAGGAAUUGAAUUCCAUCUCCAAUUCCCCUGUGGCUUCCCGUCGACUGAGAUAUCACAUUUCCGCCAAUCAGUGUGAAGUGGAAACAAGCGUGAAUGUAAACAAACAUUGAAAAAAAAACAUGUGCCAAGGGUAAUGACGUCAUUACUAAUGUCAUCUUCACCGAUCAGCAUUUUGCAUUGACUUCGAAUUCUUUGAUGCAGAUAAGGUAAUCAAAUUCCAGAGACGAAGUUGCAAGCUCUCCUUCCUUUUCCCACCCCGCCGCUAGAGCGCCCCGAAUUGCUUGCAGGCUACCUAGUACCAGGAUCUUCCUAGAUGAGGGGUCAGGAUUAUGGAAAAAACUUAUACGAAGUUUCACUUCAGGCAGGUGCAGAUCCGAUGAAGUUCAGCAGUGUUCACAGGACACCACUACAUGAAGCAUGCACCGGGGGUCAUACUCAAGUAGUAGAAAAAUUACUGCAACAUAUGACAGAUAUAGAUAUUGCAGAUUCCAACGGGCAAACAGCAGCUCAUCUGGCUGCGUAUCAUGGGGAAAGUCAAUGCUUGAAGGUUUUACUAUCAAGUGGGAGUAAUGUUACGCUUGAGGACAAAUUGGGACGAUCCCCAGCACACUUAGCAGCUAUGAAAAAUCAUCCUUCUGUGUUAAGGUGAGAAUGACAGUCCUAGACUGUUUCUUUCUUAAGGUGUGUAUUCCUUUAAAAAAAGGCCUUUCUAGGAAUUAAGAAAGAGGGGUCUUGAAAGAAAGCCUCUCUUCGUAGACCUCUAAAAAGGGUAGUUUGUAUAAAAAUGCUGAGGAAAAAAUAAUAAAAGUAUUGAUGUCCUAGGAAUCAAAUCCAUUUAUCUCCCCAAUAUUGGAUUCUUUGUGCAAACACCCAACCUAUCCCUUGAGAAAUUCCAUGCAAGCUUCAUCAUGAUACUUUACCUUAUGUAAUGUUUAAAUACAUGUAGUUUGAAAUUUGAAGUUUUGGAAUUGGAUAAUAAUAUUCUUUCAAUUAAAGAUAAUUUUAUUCAUGUUUAUCUCCGUCAGCUUAUGAAGCACGCAGGUUGACUAACUAGUGUGUGCCUGUUUAGUAUUCAUGGAUAGAUAGAUAGAUAGUUUAUUAAAACUGCAUCGCAGCCAAAGGCUGAAUUAUGCAAUUAUUUACAAAAACUUUACAAUACUUGAAAAUUACAAGUGAAUCCAAAUGAAUCAAAUGACAUCGCAUAUAUAAAAGUAUUACUUGUUCUGUUCAUACAAAGCUUUGGCAUAUUAAAAUGGUGCUGUCGUCUUAGGUUAUAGCAUGAGUUGUCAUAGUCUGGUGGAAGGAGCGCCUUCAAUUUAUGGUUUGGAUCACUGACAAUGUUUAAAAAUGAUUAUAAAUGAAAUGAAUAUAAAUGAUAAUAAAUGAUUAUAAAAGAAAAAAAUUUGAAACAAAGGCUGCUUUUCUACUAGAAUCAUCAAUGCCACUGCUGCAAAAAAGGCAUUGAAACUAGUAAAGCUGACAAUUUUAAGAGUAAUUUGUUGAAAAAUAACAAAGAAGCAAAGCAAAGCGGUAAAAUAUAAUAGACAUUAUGAUGGAGGGUAAUUUUCCCCCCAAAUUUUGCCAUUUUGCAACAGUGUAUCUUCACUUGCUUCAAAUGUAUCAAGCUUGGCAAGUUUACUAAUUCUAAGGCACUCCUAAGACAUUUCCUGACUGGCCCAUAGCAAAAUUUGAAGAAAAAAUGUUAAACGGUUUAUUCUGAGAAUGUCCGUGAGUUUGCCCCCUUAAGUGAAUUAGCUUUGACCCAACAAGUUUGCCCCCUCCUUUCUAAGAUCAACACUCAGACUUGGUAUAACUCCAAAUUCUAGUCAAAUCACUCAUUUAGACAUUUAUUUAAAACAUACUGAUGAAUUGGCUUGGGUUAUGAGCUUAUCGUAGGAAAUGUUUUGUAAUCGAAGUUGGGAAAGUUUUUGGUAGGUUAAUUUGGCGGCAAAUGCAUGGUGUCUCGAAAUCUAAGACCUCAGACCUUCAGAAAACUGCUUCAAAACGGUACAUUCGAAUCUCCUUACAAGUUGCUUAAGUUGCUUUUGUAAUCAAAGAGUGAAUUAAAGUAAAGUCAAACUGGAUCAAUUUUAUCCAUGUGGAAAAGCUGAACUCUACCACACUGCACAUGAUGCAAAAAGGUGGCAAAGUAUGUCAAGUACAGAACGCUUCAGCCAGAUCACUCUUUAUAUCAAAGCUUAGCAAGCUUUGGUACAAGGUGAGUACGGUAGUUAAAAUCGAAAUGUUUGAUGGAUCAUGGUGUUAAUAAUAUUAUUGUGAAUAUUUUAUGGGCUAACUCUUUACAAGGCUAAUUCACUAUGAGCUACUAUGAAUUGUACUCGAUUGAAUUCUUACGGCAGCUGGGGGUGAACUCACUACGGGGUAAAACUCCUGACUUCCUAUUCUGAGGUCAUGAACUCUUCUGUCAUUAGGUGUUUGAUUGAGAGUGAUGGAGAACUGAGCCACGUUGAUGACCAAGGACGGACACCUGCCCAUCAUGCAGCCACCGCAGGUGGAUUAGAAGCAAUAAAGGCACUCGCUCACAAUGAUAUUGAUGUAAACUCCAGAGAUACUGCUGGAUGUGUCCCAGCUCAUUAUGCCGCUGCAAAUAAUCACUGCUCUUGUUUAGGUUUUCUGCUGGGUUCUGGUCUGGCUAAACGGGAUGUGAGGGACAGAACUGGACGAUCCUUGUUGCACAUGGUAUGGUUGAUAGUGAACUGCCAAUUUAUUUAUUCAUUUUAUUUUUCACUGCUUUAAAAAAUAAUUAGGAUGCACUUCUAUGUGUAUUACUGUUGCCUUGUGCAUAACACCUUUCAUAAAAUUCCUGUUUAGACAAGAAAAUUUAAUGUUGGAAAAGGCAUAGCAGAAAUUGUGUCUUUGGAUUACUAGAAAAAUGCCCUUCCACGGAAGGAAAUGGAACAACUGUUUCCUUUUUCUGGAACGAGUAGAUAUUUUGAACAGAUAAAUGUUUUUUUCUUUUUUGUUUUGUUUUUGUUGUUUUUUUUAAAAUGGAGUAAUGGAAUGAUUACAUUUUUGGAGCAGGAGUAAUGAAAUUAGGGUGGACAGUUGGACACCAUCAUUCCUCUUCACUCCCUAGGGCUGUCACUAAAAUGUCAAGUUGCUGCGUAAAUGAAAUUAUUUCACGGGGAAUUUAACAUCUUGGAAGUUCAAUAAUUCCAGUGAAGGUAGCCAGAUUAGUCAUACUGGAUAACUGGAGCAAACCUCUGGCCCUUAGUAUUAAAAACAGCCCUGCUCCCAUAGCACUACAAAAUACUCUGAUGUGUCAUUUUUGGACUGUACAUUCCUUGUAUUCCUUGAGAUUUUCUUCAGUUGUAAUAACUCGUCAACUGUUAACUGUCAUUUUAGGCUGCACAACAUGGUGCCACAGAAUGUGUUCACUGGCUGCUUGAAUGUGGUGCUAGUCCCAACAUCAGAGAUGGUAAAGAUCUUUACUUACUAAACAGUAACUCCUCAGUUUAAUAUGUGGACUAAUAUCGUGCUAAUGUAAACAGCCAGAGAACUGAAUUGUUAAAAAAGUUUAUGUCCAUUUAGACUUACAGGUCGUUGCACAACUUGCUGCGUUGUUAGGAAUAUUGACAAGUAAAAUACUGACGGUCAGAGCUUUCUAAAUGGACACUUUAAUCCAAGGCUCAAUUACCAGCCACUCCAUGGGAAAUGAGCCCACGCUCAGACCGGACACGAGAGAGUAGCGGAUACUCAGCCUUCUCUCAUGCUGUAGACAGCUCUAUAAACUAGUUACGACUUCCUUAGCCUUUAUCGCAGGCUUAAUUUAACCUCGGUUAGUAACGUCUACGAGGCAGCGACGAGAAACUCGUUCUGAGCCCCCAACGGAUUCAACGAAUUACACCUGAAGAGCGUUUCGAAUUUCCUUUCAUCCUGAAUAGCAAGUCCAAAAUGGCUUUUUUAACAGGCUAAUCGUGACUCAUACUCAAAUCCUGGUACACAGGUGUGGGCCCACAACAAGGAUUUUGGUGCUGUUUCGCAGACAGACUUAUCCAGAUUUUGGUUUCGUCUGUGGCGCAGGCCACGAACAUCCUUUGAAAUAUCUGCUUUUGAAAACGAUUGCAAUAGGCGGUCAGCUUUAGUUGCAGACAUGUUUUCUGCUUCCCUAGGGUGUCUGCUUUGUUAGGGAGUUUUGACCGUUAUUGUAAUUUGAUUACAGGGAAAUCACCUUAAUUUUGUACUGCCACUACACCACAUUGUACACGUACAUGUAGUAUAAACUUCUUAGAGAAACUGCAUUAAAAGUGCAACAAAAAUCACAUCACAAGUAGUAUAACCAGCCAGAUUUUAGGAAAUUAUUAACACUGUAAAGCAAGUACAUUGAUCUUGUACGCGUUUAAGAGCGAUAGUUGCUGUUUCUUUUCGUUACUAUUAGGCUCAGGAGCAACUCCUCUUCAUUCAGCUGCCUCAGGAGCUCACCUACAGAGUGUAAGCUGUCUUAUCAAACAUGGCGGUGACACAGAUGCACAGACAGCCACUGGUGAUUUACCACUAGACUUUGCCAAGCGUACUGGCAAUCCUAAUUCAUUUCUGAAAGCAGGUACAACUUACCCUGUAUUAACAAUUAAUGCAGGAGUGUUUUAUUAUAACUGAUUGUGCUUCAACAAAAAGUUCCAGUAUUAUUUCAGUAUGUCAGCUUACACUUCAAAAAGGUUCCUGCUCGGUCAGGUUUUCCUCAAAGUCGGUUUUCCAAGGCGCGUUUUUCAGUUUCACACGCUAUUUUCACCCACGCUUGAGGACUUUCGCUUCUCCUCUCGCGUGUUCUGUUUUGCAGUUUAACCUAAUGCUACAAACUUGAAAAGUAGCUAAAUUAGUACAGAGGAACCCCGAUAUAGCGAUCCUCGAUACGUGUAUAACGAUGUUCCCGGUAUAACGAUGAAUAAUAUUCAUCGUUUGUCCUGGCAAAAGUUACAGUAAAAUGUAGGGGAAAGAACCCCAACUUAACGAUCUUCGAUAUAACGAUAUUCCCCAUAUAACGAUGAGAAUUUAGCGGACCGAACGUACAAUCUUUCCCGAUAUAACAAUAUUAUCAGCAAACACAGUCACAAUUUAAGGAAACCAAUACUUUUAAGUGUGUCAUGUGUAAGAAUGCAUUACUUGCUGGCCAGUGUCCUGGCCAGCAUAAUGUUUUCACUGCAAAAAGUAAUGUAAAAACAUGUCUAAAAUGAAUCAUUUUAUGGAAACAUUGUGAUGUUCUGGCUUUAGGGUAGCUUGGAGGAUUACCCUUCUGGAUAAACUGAAGGCAUUUCUGUGUCGUUUUUUUUUCUUCUUAUUGGGCCCGGAUCAGACCCCGAACUUUUCAUGAGCCGAACCUUGUAAUUCGAAUAAUUCGAAUAAUUCAGCCAAAUUAGGUCAAAACCCAAACAUAAUUUUAACCGCUUAAAACUUUAAAGGAAGGUUGAUUCAGAAACAAAAGAUGCCACGGAUGGGCAAAACUGAAGAAGAUUGAAACGGAUUGAAAUUAGGGUUUUUGAAAACUGUUCAGCCUAACAGUUUUUCAAAGUUGAUCCCUGCUGCUUGCAACUUCAAAAAUAAUGCUCAGGAGACAUAUUUGUUUGUCUCGGAUCUCUGAUUUUGUCAUUUACGUGUAAUUUCUUUGCUUACUUUAAGUUUCAUAGCGAUUGAGGGCGAGUAAUUGGCAAAAUUUAAACAAAAUGAACUGGAAUGCCGUGACACAGUCCCUUUAAGGUCGACCCAAAGUAUUUUGACCGCCAGAAUUGAUUCAGACGCCGAUCUUAAUUCCAGCUGAACUAAAUUCAAGAGAUGAAAAAUGCUCAUUUCCGCCAAGCUGCUUUCAAAAUGCGUUAUGUGCGCUUGAAAAAAACGGCGUCUAAAUCAAAGCCCUUCCAAAAUCGCUCUAAAGUCGCAAUUCCCGGCCGGGCUAGGCGGGAAAAACGGCUGAGCCGUUCCAAAUUGAAUGAGGCGUUCCUAAUUGAUUCAGACAUGGAACUUUUAUGUACUUAGUUUGGCUCAUGAAAAGUUCGGCGUAUGAACCGGUCCUCAUCUCCCUUUUCAGUAAAUGGUGAGGUUCCCUGCAAAUUCUGCAUCUCCAAACAGCGGAAAAUUGAUUAUGACUUAGCACACCAACCGACGCCUGUGGAAAGAAAAAUUAUUCAACAGGAAUCUGAGAUAUUUGAAACAUCACACAGCUCUAACGUCAGGUACAGUAACUUACUCUAGGCCCUCUGUCUUAUACUGCUUGCCAUAGUGGAAGACAUCUCUAGACUACUUGGGGUAUAAGAACCAGUGGAAUGCAUGAGUAAGCAUGAUGAUCGCCACGCGCGAGGAGGAUAACACAAGAGUUUCAUGUGCGCUCUUAUACCUCACUAGCUCUUCUAUCACUGAGAAAAAUGAGGGACUACUCGUCACAUACUGAGGUAACCAGUCAAGUCGCCCGAAAGUCAUCUCGCCUUGAAGUUAGGUCUCCCGAAAUUUUAUCAGGUGUAAUACACAGAGAAAUGAAGUUGAAUAAAUCAUUGUGUGAAAUAUAUCUCGUUCGUUAUUCAAGCCACGUUGAUACGAACCAAGACUGUUUGGCAUGCGGGUAAAAUUUCGGGCGACAUAACUCGGGUUUUCGGGCGACUUGACCGUAAGCCUAGAAUGACAGUCUCCCCUCGUGUUUUAUUUUAUGUUGUCGUCAUUACAGCUGGGCCCAGGUGUUAUACGCCUAAUAUGAAUUGCCGCCGCUCCAUUUAUGGUCACGGUUCUUAUUAUCUGGUCUGUGACUGAUCUUGUUUUAGGAUCUCCGAAGGGCAACGGGUUCGUCCGUCCCAUUCUUCGAGGAGGCCUGGGACCAAUUCUAGUAACAUCACCACAAAUUUACCUAAACGCGAUCUGGCGACCAAAUAUUUUGGAGACCAUCUGUUCUCACUUCCUGUAACCUUCACUGGUUCAGAGUCAGUUACGAGCACCAACAGGACUCGACGGAAAAGAUGACUUAUACUUUCGAUACGCGGAGUGUGUAAUUAUAGGUGACUGUAUGGAAUACCAGCAAACUUAUACGGCCGUCAUACAAUAUCUGGAAAACUUUUUACAUUUGCGAUCUUGUAUCUUCACUUCUGCAAAUAUCAUGUACCACAAAAUUGUAAGCUUUAAGACCCUGUCUGAGACAUUCUUCAACUAAUGACACGAUCGAGUUGAUCACAUUCACCCCGGAACUUUGGCCAUUUCUCUUAGAAAUUUCUU